GAUUAGUCUACGUGUAAUUCUUGGCGUUUUUUUGCUAAAUGUCCUAGUAAAUAUUUUUGUAAUGAGCGCGCAAUCGACAAAUGUUUGCAAUCUACCCUCUGAGACUGGCCAUUGUCGUGCUGCGAAGAGGCGCUACCACUUUGACGCCGAUUCAAAUAGGUGCAGGAUCUUUAUUUAUGGAGGCUGUGGCGGAAAUGGCAAUAAUUUCCGAAGAAGGGAGGACUGUGAAGCUGCGUGUUUAAAAAGCUGAGCACCAUUUUGUUUUU